GCCAAAGGGAAGCCACAGAGUCGAGACGAACAUAAACUGAGAAACUACAGCUAGCGCACAAAUCCAAACUCGUACACAAACACAAUCUCAAGCUCAAACCUCCACUGCUUUCUUUUACUUAUUAUUAUUAGUGAGUAAAAUGGACGAAGAAGAGAUAUGGAAAUGUCCUAAACACCCUUCCAAGCGCCGCCGUACUGGGAUAUGCCACGUCUGCCUCCGCGACCGUCUCUCCACCCUCUGUCCCGACUGCGCUAACGCGCGCCCAUGCGCUUGCUUCGCCGCCACAGCUACACAAACGACGUCGUCUUCCUCGUCUUCCUCCUCCUCCUUCUCUCGCUUCUCAUCACACGACGCCGCCGUCGGAGGAGGAGGACCCGGACCCACAGGCCGAGUCUCCAAUCUCAUCGAAAGCGAACCGGCUUUCCGUCGCUCCAGAUCCGUCGCGAUUCCCUUCCUCCGGUCCAGGUCCCGGUUCGUCGGAACCGGGUCCGACACCGAGUUCAGAGACACCACGCCCAAGGCCAAAGCGUCGUCGUUUUGGUCCGUCUUUCGGUCCAGCAAGAAGGUUGAAGAAGUGAACGACAACCUCAGUAGUAGUACGAUGAUGAGGAGGUCGAGAUCCGUUGCCGUUUCGAUGACGUCAGAUUCUGGCAAAGCCAAAGGGUGGAGUUGGUAUUUUCCGAGUCCGAUUAAGGUUUUUCGACAGUCCAAGAUUUCUAAGGUUGUUCAUGAACGGUCUCCUUUGUACAGAGGUUGAUUUUUAUUUUUAUUUUUAUUUUUAACUUUUCUUUUUUGUACGCUUUAAUUUCAAUAUUAUUAAAAAUAUAGUAUAUUUUCUAUAUAUGAAUAUGGAGUAAUUAAGAGGAAAAAGAAUACAAAUGAGUGAUUGUGGUUUAAACUUUUAAAGUUUGUACACUUUUUUUUUAUCAGUUUUUACUUUGUAUCUUUUUUUUUUGGGGGGUAUACAAAAGUGAGAGUUGUGUAGUGCAAUAUGUAAUGUUAAAGUGACUGACUUGACUGUGAAAUGAGAAAUGAGAAAUUUUUGUUUCUCAAUAAUGCCAUAAUGAGAUUUUUAUGGUGUAUUGUUUGUAUCUGAAUUUGUACGAGUCUGUUUGGAAGGAUUUGUAAAUGUUGGAAGUGAGAGAUGA